UGGCAGGGGGCCAUGGGCAGACAGGCACGCACGGAUGCGCACACACACCCACACACCCACACGCGCACGCACACAAAACCAUACAGCCUCGAACAGAUCGGACAUACCCACGUGGACGCGCACACAGAAUUUUGUGCAGGUGGUACAUGAGGCGAAGCGUUCCAUUGCUUAUGCUCUUCCUGCACUUUCUGCCGCCAUAGAUCUUUUCACCGUACAUAUCUCCUGCUGUUCACGCAUCUAUCAGCAAUGCUGUCGUCCUUAGAUUGGUACAUUGUUACAAAUUUGAAGGUCUGCCGAGACUGGACGGCAUUGCAAUUCCUGUGCCUCAACAGCCAUGGCCGUCCCUCUCGUCCGUGCGCAAGCCAACGUCAGAGGCUGGGCAGCGAGUGACCUUGUCAGACAGUCCUGGGCAAGAAGUGCACCCCUGGAUCUGACAAAUAAUGGUUUAGGGUUUCAUGUUUGUAAGGGACUGGGGAGGAGCUUCAAACCCAUCCUCGCACGGGAGCGAUGUGCACUGCUGCCUUCCCCGCCCACGGGCAAGGUAACUGUUAAUUUGCACAGGUGCUGGUGCGGCACGCGGAGGAGUUGGCAUGCACUUGAUGGAUUGCCAUGUGGGCUCCCUCCGGCUACGGACCAAUUCGAAUCCCGGAAGGGGAGCAGCUGCAGCAGCACGAGUCGGCCAUCCCCCCCCCUCUCAGGUAUCCAAAUCCGGGGGGAUAGCAGUUAUGAUUUCCAGCGUCUACAACUCAGGGAACGAGGUAUUGGAUGGAAAAGCUCUAGCCGGGAAGUGUCGAUGGUGGCACAAAGAUCAGAGGCAACAAAACGACAAAAUGUUUAUGUGGAACCUUUUGGGGAUCAUGCGAGCAACCCCAAGUUGCCCACCCCUGACGAGGAGCAUCUGAAGCAUGCAAAGUCGUUUGUCGGUUCUCCACCUCUUGACACCUGUUGCUUUCGGCUCUCUCCCUUCCCCAGAGGCGCAUGCUCGUUAUUACCAGCAUGGCUCCCGUUCUCUGCUGAUGCAGUGGUGAUGGUGCCAAAGUUGGGUUGUUGGCCGCUCAGUUGGGGGCUACAAAAUGGUAGGAGAGCGUCGUCCCUGCGGUUGUCUCCUUCAUUUUGCAGCUCCUCUGGAGUCCAUAACGGCCCAUUGGAUGAUGAUGAUAAGGCAAGUGCGGUGGGGACCGUCCGCAGGCAGGAGGGGGUUGCUCAGGGUGAUGAAAGAGGAGGAGGAGGAGGAAUAGAUGAUGGGUUGGGUUGUCGAGAGACAUUGCUGGAGGAUCGACAUUGUGAUCAGUAUGCCCCCAUCGAGCUCGCAGGAGGAAGAAAUUGUUUAGAGAAGACAUCGGGUGCAGGGCGUGAAACAUGGAAGGAGGGAGUUGAGAAAGAGGACUUCCAUGGGAGGGAGUGUUGCAGCGAAGACAAGAAGGAGACAACGGGGGAAGAAAUUGAUUGGCUGAGUUAUGAGAGCUGUGAGGGCUUGGAUGAUCACGAUAGGUCGUUCCUGUCAGAAAUGGGUUUUGGUGAGAAGGUCCAUUCAACAGGUUGGAGAGUGGCAGAGACGUUUCAUGCCAAAGGUUGCAGUGUUUCUUCAGCAGGGAGCAGUCAAAAAGGGGGUGGCACAGUGACAAAUGAGGAAAAGCGUGGGGCUGGUGAAGGCGAUGGAGGGGGCGCUGAGCCCACUCUUGACAGCGGUGAAAAUGGUGGGACGAUGGGAGGAGAUGCAGGUAAUGACAGUAGCACAGACAAAAGCACUGCUUCAGAGAGGGCACGGCACAAGAGGAUUGUGCUAAACGGACAUGUAACACAGAUAGAUCAGGAGUGGAGCCAGGGUUUUCCUUCUUACAUGCAAAGCAAUGAAGAUGAUUUUUUAAUGGCCUGGGAUGAUGAGGCGGAGGAGGGGGAGGAGGGGAGCGAGGUCAGGAUUGUUGAGGAAUGGGUUGAGAAGGGCAGUGGAGAUGGCACGAGAGGGAGAAAAGGAAGCGAGGAAGCGAGGCUUCGAGGGACCAAAGAAAGGGAGGGACCGGGACGAGGGGGGAAUAGCAACCACGGCUGUAGCAACGUGGCAAACAGUGGGUUAAUGAGCGCGGAAGGAAGUGGUGGAGGCAGGAAGAAGUCGAAGAAGAGAGUGAAGGGAGUGAACGAUGCUGCGGCAGCAAAGGCCGCCAUGGCAGCUGUGAAUGCAGUUGCACAGGUCAAAGCUGUCACCCUUUCACCCCCAGCAGGAGAUAACACUGGGCGUCAUGUUACGCUGGGUGCACCGGCCCAUUCUGCAGCGCGCCUGCCAUCGGAUGGAGCCAUGGCUCUUCCUGAACUGAUCUCCGAUGAUCCAAUUUGGGCGGCGGUCCGAGCAGAAGCACGGUUGGAGGCUGAGAAAGAACCCCUCCUUAGCAGCUUCCUGUAUGCCAGCAUUCUCGCUCACCCUCAGUUUGAGAAGUCCCUAGGUUUCGUUUUGGCCAAUCGCCUGCAGAGCCCGACGCUGCUGGCCACCGAGCUUAAGCAGAUCUUCGAAGAUGUGCUUUUAGGCGAUAACUAUGUGCGACAAGCUAUCCGUGCGGACGUCCAGGCUGUCAAGGAUCGAGAUCCCUCCUGCACGUCAUAUCACUACGCUUUAUUGUACUUCAAAGGUUACCAGGCGUUGCAGGCAUUCAGAAUCGCCCACGCGCUUUGGGAACGGGGACGGCAGGUGCUGGCGCUAGCGCUUCAAAGUCGCAUCUCGGAGGUCUUUGCCAUGGACAUCCACCCUGCGGCAAAGAUCGGCCGGGGGAUUCUCAUUGACCAUGGGACGGGAGUUGUGAUCGGAGAGACGACUGUGAUUGGGGAUCGGGUAUCAUUACUGCAGGCUGUCACUUUGGGUGGCACGGGCAAGGAGGCGGGUAACCGUCACCCAAAGAUCCGUGAUGGUGUGCUUCUUGGUGCAGGUGCCACGGUUCUUGGCAAUAUCGUGGUCGGCAAGGGAGCGAUGGUGGCCGCGGGGUCAUUGGUCCUCAAUGAUGUCCCACCCCACAGCAUGGUUGCCGGAACCCCUGCCAAGGUGGUUGGAGAGAAGCUGGUCAUCGAGCCUGCUCUUGCCAUGAAACACGAAAUGUCCGUGAAGGGUAGCUUUGGGACUAGCUCUGCUGCAUCUACCAUAACGAAGCAAUCCAGCAGGAGCAGCAUACGAGACAUGCCUAUCGGGGACAAGGACCCGACUAAGGGCUCAGAACACGGGCCCGAUGGACCUGCACUUCCUUCCACAUCUCGUUCAACCGCUGUGGCUCCCGCGGGCACACUCAAAACCGAGAAUUGCAGAAAGACUUCUGCCAAGGAGUACAAUGCAGGUGGCGAUAGAAGUCCGUCGUGGCCUUCUGCUUCUUCUGCUUCUGCUUCUGCUUCUGCUUCUGCUUCUGCUUCUGCUUCUGCUUCUGCUCAUUAUCCCUGUUCAUGGGAUUAUGAGAAGAAUGAUGCCUGGAAAUCGGCUUGCUAUGCGGGGAUCAAUCUUGAAGAAUGGAAUGAAUCUCUUGACAUCGAUGUGGAGGAGGGGUGUUGGCAUAAUGGAGAUGGAAUUUGAUAACCCUGUGAGUGAAUACCUAUCAACCGUUUGCUCUAACUUCGGUGAGUGGAACGCCUCUGUGCACUCAAUAUUUAUGUGACGGAAGGGCAUUGGCGUAACCCGAGGACAUCCCUCCCAUGUUAUAAGCAUGCAGGUGUGUAUAUACUAUAUACGUGCUACUCUUUGUAAUCGGAACUGCUCAGCUUCCUUUGCAGGUUUGUAAUCGGAUUGGAUGCCUAGACGAUGUAUCAUCAGUUUUCGAUUCGAGUGGUCGACCAAAUUCGUGCAAUCAGCUUGCAACCUUAGGAUUGGUGUGCUGAACUGCGUUCCCAUCUUCUGGUGUGUUGACCGGUUUGUGAGUUAGGGUCUAUAAUUGCAUUGAUUGCAUUGAUAGUUGUCCAGUGCAAGUGGAAUUGACCCUGACCAAAUUCAAAGUGCGUUAGAUGAUGCUAGCAGGGUGGAUAUGUGCAAAGGCAGUGAUGGGCGGACAACUUGAAGGAGAUUCUCGGUCAUGGCAUGACAGUGAUUGAAGCAGUGUAUUCUGGUCUGACUGGGAAUGCUAUAUCCGGGUUGGACAUUCUCUGUGCAUCAAAGAUGAUGAUGAUGAUGAUGAUGAUGAUGAUGAUGAUGAUGACGACGACGAUGGCAAUGAUGAUGAUGAUGAUGAAUCAAUGAUUAAUAUUUGA